AAACGCCGUGUCGCCGACCUGUUGGCCAACUGCAUUCCUGAGGAUGAGGCGCUGCUGCUGCGGAGCGGGAGGUUUGCCUGCUCCGUGUGUCCUCAUCGCCCCAUCUUCGACACUCUGGACAUCCUGGCAGUGCACAGGGCUGGCAAGAAGCAUGCAGCCAGCCUGCAGCGAUUCUACAGCCAGAAUCGCUCGCUCCAGGCUGUGGCUCCCGUGCGGCAGCAGGAGGAGGAGGUGCAGGGGGAGGAUCCAAGUGUGCAGGGCUCUCCGGCCCCACUCCUGGCACGGACACGGCGGAUUGCCCGGAGUGCGCUGCUGAAAUCCGCUCCCUACAGCAGCUGCUGCCGGAGGACAGGGGUGAAGGGGAGCAGCUCCAGGACUGGCAUCAGCCGGACAGGGCCAAGCGCUACUGGGAUGCUGCCAAAGCCAUUCUGGAGCGUCGGAGAAGCCAUGGCUACCAGCCCUGUGGCACCGCUGCCAGAGCACCUCCAUGGGCAAGCGGAUACUCCGAACAUAGCUCCAGUGUGGAAAGGAAAAGCCUCCUUGAUGGCGCCGAGCCAGCAUGAGGGGCCUAGCCUGGAGCGGCUCCAGGUCCUGCGGCACUACCUGCGUCUGCGCAGUUCCGGCUGGAUCCAGGAUCCCUCUGGGAAGUGGGUGAAGGAUGAGAACGCUGAGUUCGACUCUGACGAGGAUGAGCCGCCGGUGCGGCUGCCAGCCUGA